AUGUCCAAAAGAUCGCAACAGGAGUUGGAGAACGCCGACUUGUCGGAUAUUGACGUCUCUUCGACAGACGACGAAGUGGAGCAGGAAGACGAAGAGGCAGAGGAGAUGAUCAACGUGGACUUUGACUUUUUCGACCUAAAUCCAAAGGUCGACUUCCAUGCUUUAAAGAAUUUCCUCAGACAGCUGUUUGGAGAAGACUCGGCAUUUUUCUCGCUGUCUGAGAUUGCAGAUAUGGUGCUGACCGACGGCCGUGCGGGGUCGACAAUCAAGACCGACGGCGAGGAGUCAGAUCCGUUUUCCGUGCUCAGUGUGAUCAGCCUGACCGAUAACCUGGAAUCCACGUCGAUCAAAGCUCUGGUGAAGUACGUCCUGGAAAAAACCAACAAGAAGCCCCAAUUCAAUAUCGUUCUUCGGCAGCUUUUGUCGGGAAGUUCGAAGUCGCGCGUAGGACUCGUCGUUAGCGAAAGACUCAUCAACAUGCCUGUGGAGACUGUGCCUCCAAUGUACAAGAUGCUGUUAGAAGAAAUUGAAAAGGCCGAGAACGCUGCCACCGAAUACAACUUUGAUUUCUAUCUCGUUCCGUCGAGAGUGUACAAAUUGGUUGCCUCGACGGUUGACCAGGAGAUGGAGGACGCUCCGUCGUCCAAAAAAUCGAAGAAGGCCGAAGUGCCCGCCGAGACGCUCGACUACUUCCAUUACGAGGACGAGGUGCUGGAGAAGCACGCGCAGCACCACGGCUACUUUGAGUACACCAACAAGACGAUCGAGGCGGAUUCCAGAAGGGUGUUCAACGACUACGGGGUGGAUCCAAAGCUGAGCUUGAUGCUGUUGGACAAGAAGGGCUUUGAGAAGGCGGUGGCCGAAAUGCAAGAGCGGUUUCCGCCAUACUAG